UUGACAUAUUAUAUUCUGUCGCGUUUGAUUGUUGAACUGUAUUGUACACAUCUUGCACAAAUAUAACUUGUGCUUGCUAAUAUUGUCACUAUCACCAAAAGUCGGUACUGUUUUCUCUCGCGAACCAAACCUACACACAAAAAAGGAAAAGAAAAGAGUCCGCGCGGGGGUCUCUCGGUAACUUUGGUAACAAACGAACGAUUAGAAUCUCCUUUUUUGUGUUGAUCCAAACAAAUUCUGACUUGCUUAACCUAAUUGUUUGUCGCAAGUCCUAAGAAAUGAAGUGAGUUGUUAACGCAAGUUCUCUGCAUAUGUAUAGAAGGCGCAGUGAUUAUUGGCACCGAUACCUACUUAUUUAUCCAUCUGUUUGUUAAUAACAGAUCUUGAGAUGGACAAAGCGAUUUUACUCCAGAAACAGGUUAGGGAAAACUCGGAGGAUUUGCAAAAGGAGUUACGUGAUAUGGUAGCUUGGGAGGAAGAAAUGAAACGAAAAGAUUUUGAGAUUCGCAACGCGACUAAUGAUCAGGAGCUACCACCUGUCAGAUGUAAAAAGAAAAAGAAAACUCUUGAAAAAUCCAAUAAUGAGGAAGAGCAAAGCAAGGAGAAAAAGAUAGCCGGUUUUGAUUACAAGUCUUGGGAAAAGUUUGAUGCUGAUAAAGCAUGCAAGGAAAUUGAUGGAGAAAAUGUUUUAAAAGGUAGAGAAGAAAAAGAAUUUGAAAUUCCAUCAAAAGAGGAACUGGAGAAAGAACACGCAGAGGCUUCAGUGUACAAAGACGAAGGAAAUGCUUUGGUCCAAAAGAAAGAGUAUGCAAAAGCUGUGGGCAAAUACAGUCAAGCUAUUAAAAUAUUUCCUCACGAUGCCAUUUUCUACGCCAAUAGAGCACUGUGUCAAUUGAAAUUAGCCAACUUGCAUUCAGCUGAUGCUGAUUGUACUCAAGCUAUAAAACUCGAUGGAAAUUAUAUCAAAGCGUAUCAUCGCAGAGCAACAGCAAGAAUGGAGCUAAAGCGCUACAAAGAUGCACAAAAAGACUUUGAAAAAAUUUUGGAGCUCGAUCCUACGAAUAAAGAAGCUUCCUUGAAACUAAAACAAGUGGAAGAAAAAAUUAAUAAAGCUCCAAAGCCACUAAUUCUUGCUGGAGAAGGUCGUUCAAAGAGUUCCAUUGAAAAGACAAUAGGCGAAAAAUUGUUUGGAAAAAGCACAGCUCACAGCAACAGUGAAAUAAGUAAUACCACUAGUAAACAAAUUACGGAGAAAAGUGGCAUGGAUAAAAAAUCUUCAUCCAAUGGAUCAAAACACAAGCCCUUAAUUGAAGAAGUAAUAGAGAAAACGGAUGGUAAAAAAUCUAAAAACGAGAUGACACUUCAAGAUGAAUUACCACCUUGGUUACCUAAGUUGAAAGAAGGUGUAAGCGUCAUUCAGCCUUUGAAGGAAGCUCCUCGUGUGCAUAAAAAGGCAUUAAAGAAAAUUAACAUUCAAGAAAUAUCAGAGAAAGAAUCGAUAUUUAGUGGUAUUGUUGAAGAAAACUUGGUUGAAGAAAAAACUCUGGAGCAAAACAAUGCCCCUACAGAUGUUAAAAAUGAUGCUCCUAAAGAUGUUAAAAAUGAACCCGAAAGUAACCAUAAACAGGACAGUAAACCUAACAUUGAAGUAAUUGAAGAUACACCUCAAGUCCCUAAAACAUCAGUUGGGUUCUUUUUGAGCUGGCGUAAAAGUGUAUCUAGUGAUUAUAGAUACAGAUUUUUAAAGCAAAUUAUGCCUCGAUAUUUUCCAUCUAUUAUCAAAUCAUCGAUGGAGGCCAGCAUACUCAGCGAUAUUAUAUCUGUGUUAAACACAAAGUUUGUGGCGAACGGUGAUCACGUUUAUGAUUGGCUGUACUACCUUUCGAAAUUGGAGAGAUUUAGGGCCUUGAUACUUUUUAUGCCUGAAUCAGAUAAAGAAGUUCUAAAAAGUCUCCUUGAAUAUUGUAAAACAACAGAAGGCAAGACUGGUGAUGAAAUUGAUAAUCUUCGGACUAUGUAUGAACUGUAGAAGGAACCAUUUUUGUACAGAUGAACUAAGCUCUAAUAUAUUGACACAAUAGAUUAUAGCGGAAGUACAAAGUUAUCUCACGUUUCAGCUGAAAAAAAGAGUUGCAUUUAAUGAAUAGUUUUUUUUCUUCUUCUGUGCAGUGCAUACUUAAAAUGUCAUUUAUAAAAAUGCUUUAAUUCUCAAUGCCAAUUUAAAUAUUUGUUGGAGUCUACUGCAGGUGAU